GCGAGGAAUGGCGGUAAAAGUGAGAAGGGUCGGUUCUUGAAAAGGUGGAACUUCCAGGGCGUCUUUUGAGAGUGCCAUUGCAGAAGAGUACAAAUCAUGGCUGAAAAUAGUGCAUUAACAUCCACUACUGGGAGUACAAGCUUGGCAGACUCUUCCAUUUUUGAUUCUAAAGUUACCGAAACUUCUAAGGAAAACUUAUUUAUUGGAUCUACUUCAUAUGUUGAAGAAGAAAUGCCUCAGAUUGAAACAAGAAUAAUACUGGUUCAAGAAGCUGGAAAACAAGAAGAACUUAUAAAAGCCUUAAAGACUAUUAAAAUAAUGGAAGUCCCUGUUAUAAAGAUAAAAGAAAGUUGUCCUGGAAAAUCGGAUGAAAAAUUAAUAAAAAGUAUUGUUAAUAUGGAAAUUAAAGUGCCAUUUGUGAAGAUGGAAUCAGUUGAAGAAUUUAAAAGUUUGGAUUCUCCAGAAUUUGAAAAUGUAUUCAUAAUCAUGGACUUCCAGGAUUCUGUCUUUAAUGAGUUAUACAAGACUGACUGUAGAGUUAUUGGACCACCAGUUGUAUUAAACUGUGCACAAAAAGGAGAGCCUUUGCCAUUUUCAUGUCGCCCACUCUAUUGUACAAGCAUGAUGAAUCUCGUACUAUGUUUUACUGGAUUCAGGAAGAAAGAAGAACUAGUCAGAUUGGUGACAUUGGUUCAUCACAUGGGUGGAGUUAUUCGAAAAGACUUUAAUUCAAAAGUUACACAUUUGGUGGCCAAUUGUACACAAGGAGAAAAAUUCAGGAUAGCUGUGAGCCUGGGUACUCCAAUUAUGAAACCAGAAUGGAUAUAUAAAGCUUGGGAAAGGCGGAAUGAAUGGGAUUUCUGUGCAUCAUUUGAUGAAUUUAGAAAUGAAUUUAAAGUUCCUCCAUUUCAAGAUUGCAUUUUAAGUUUCCUGGGAUUUUCAGAUGAAGAGAAAACCAAUAUGGAAGAAAUGACUGAAAUGCAAGGAGGAAACUAUUUACCUGUUGGAGAUGAAAGAUGCACUCACCUUAUAGUUGAAGAAAAUAUAGUAAAAGAACUUCCAUUUGAACCUUCAAAGAAACUUUAUGUUGUCAAGCAAGAGUGGUUCUGGGGAAGCAUUCAGAUGGAUGCCCGAGCUGGAGAAACUAUGUAUUUAUAUGAAAAGGCUAAUACACCUGAGCUCAAGAAAUCAGUAUCACUUCUGUCUCUAAAUACCCCAAACAGCAAUCGCAAAAGACGUCGUUUAAAAGAGACACUUGCUCAGCUUUCAAGAGAGACAGACAUGUCACCUUUCCCUCCCCGUAAGCGCCCGUCAGCUGAACAUUCCCUUUCUAUAGGGUCACUCCUAGAUAUCUCCAACACACCAGAAUCUAGCAUUAACUGUGGAGAAACACCAAAGUCUUGUACUAAGUCAUCUAAAAAUUCUACUCCAGUUCCUUCAAAGCAGUCAGCCAGGUGGCAAGUUGCAAGAGAGCUCUAUCAGACUGAAAGUAAUUACGUAAAUAUAUUGGCCACAAUUAUUCAGCUAUUUCAAGUGCCAUUGGAAGAGGAAGGACAACGAGGUGGGCCUAUCCUUGCACCAGAAGAGCUUAAGACUAUUUUUGGUAGUAUUCCAGAUAUCUUUGAUGUGCACACUAAGAUAAAGGAUGAUCUUGAAGACCUUAUUGUUAAUUGGGAUGAGAGCAAAAGUAUUGGUGAUAUCUUUCUUAAAUAUUCAAAAGAUUUGGUAAAAACAUACCCUCCCUUUGUGAACUUCUUUGAAAUGAGCAAGGAAACAAUUAUUAAAUGUGAGAAACAGAAACCAAGAUUUCAUGCUUUUCUAAAGAUAAACCAAGCUAAACCAGAAUGUGGGCGGCAAAGCCUUGUUGAACUUCUCAUCCGACCAGUACAGAGGUUACCCAGUGUUGCAUUACUUUUAAAUGAUCUUAAGAAGCAUACAGCUGAAGAAAAUCCUGACAGAAGCACUCUAGAAAAAGCUAUUGGAUCACUAAAGGAAGUAAUGACCCAUAUUAAUGAGGAUAAGAGAAAGACAGAAGCUCAAAAGCAAAUUUUCGAUGUUGUUUAUGAAGUAGAUGGAUGUCCAGCUAAUCUUUUAUCUUCUCACCGAAGCUUAGUUCAGCGAGUUGAAACAAUUUCUCUAGGUGAGCACCCCUGUGACAGAGGAGAACAAGUAACCCUCUUCCUCUUCAAUGACUGCCUAGAGAUAGCAAGAAAACGACACAAGGUUAUUGGCACUUUUAGGAGUCCUCAUGGCCAGACCAGACCCCCAGCUUCUCUUAAGCAUAUUCAUCUAAUGCCUCUUUCUCAGAUUAAGAAGGUGCUAGACAUACGAGAGACAGAAGAUUGCCAUAAUGCUUUUGCCUUGCUUGUGAGGCCACCUACAGAGCAGGCAAAUGUGCUGCUCAGUUUCCAGUUGACAUCAGAGGAACCUCCAAAAGAAAACUGGCUAAAGAUGCUAUGUCGACAUGUGGCCAACACCAUUUGUAAAGCAGAUGCUGAGAAUCUUAUUUACACUGCUGAUCCAGAAUCCUUUGAAGUAAAUACGAAAGAUAUGGACAGUACAUUGAGUAGAGCAUCUAGAGCAAUAAAAAAGACUUCAAAAAAGGUUACAAGAGCAUUCUCUUUCUCCAAAACUCCAAAAAGAGCUCUACGAAGGGCUCUUAUGACAUCCCAAAGUUCAGUGGAGGGAAGAAGUCCUUCUAGCAAUGAUAAGCAUGUAAUGAGUCGUCUGUCUAGCACAUCUUCAUUAGCAGGCAUCCCAUCUCCUUCCCUUGUCAGCCUUCCUUCCUUCUUUGAAAGGAGAAGUCACACUUUAAGUAGAUCUACAACUCAUUUGAUAUGAAGCUUAAAAAAAUCUUAAUUUGUAGAAACUUUUAACCUCAUAUUCAAAUAAGAAACUGACUUAAAUGGUACUUGUCGUUAGCACUUGGUGAACGCUGGAAAGAAGGUAACACUAAACUAUGCCAUUUUAUUUUCUUCUUGAAGGAGUAAGGUUAACCUCUUACAUUUUUUGAGUUAAUUCAUGUAAAAAAUUAUAUUGCUUUUGAUGUAAUUUUUCUCUUUGUUGAAUCCAAUUGAAGACCAAUCAUUUAAGUUAUUCAUGAUAUUAGUAACUUUGCCACGUGAUACAGUAAAUAAAUUUUAUUGGCUGACGCCAAAUACUGCUGUGAAUCUCUUUGUAUAGUGUCCAUGAAUGAAUUUUUGGAAAUAAAUAUCUGUGUAUCUCAAUUUGUUCAGAAAUUAAGUGAUACCACAGUACUUACUAGAUAAAAACCUGCAUAGAUCUCUGAAUAGUGGGUUCUUGGUCCACAUGUGCUAUUUAAAGUAGUCAUUUAACUGCUCCUUUUGCAGUUUAUUUUAUAAAUAAAGAUACAGCAUGUGGAUUUUAAAAGAUCUGCCGCUAUUAACAAGAAUAACAGUUAAAGGAGAUGGUUUCAAAAUACGCUUGGAAAUUGAGAUAAGGGCAGAAAGAUUAGAAAAUAAUGUAUAUUUUGCACAAACAUGAUACUGGUGUAUACUUGUAGCUGUUUAAGGGACAAUAUACUUAUGAUGAUUUUAGCCACUAGCAAAUCUUGAUUUAGUUUGAUAGUGUGUGGAAUUUUAUUUUGAAGGAUAAGACCAUGGGGAAAUUGUGGUAAAGAUUGUUUAUAUUCUUUAUGAAAUAAUUCUAAAGUUGGCUAACCUGCUGUAAAAUACAUAGAUAUGUGUAUGGUCAAAUUUUUAUCAUGGCCUCAUAAUUAAGUGUAAAACUGAAAUACAUUUAUUUGCUUCUGUAAAAUAUUUUUCAAACCCUGAUGUUAUCUUUCACAGUAGUCUUUUUUUUUUAAGUCAGUAAUACAAAUUAAUCAAGUUCCUACAAAUAAAUGCAUUUUUAUUUCCUACCUGUUUAGGGAGUACUGCAAAUGUUUAAUUGUCACUUAACAAUUUUCAGUUAUCAGUUAUAAUAGUUUAACUGACUAUAUAGAUUUUUUUCUAUGCCACAUAUGUACCACUUUUAAAUAGUAAAUGAUCCUUUAUUGCUAUAUUUUAAAAGCAGUUGUAUUAGGAAGAACUUUGUAAAUAAAUACUUAAAACUCAA